AACGUCCUUAAAAUGUCAAAAUUCAAUUACGGGUGUGGUGCUGGUCUCUUCCUAACGUACAUGUUCUCUGCCCAUUGACCCAGCAGAUUAGCAAAAUGGAUGACAGCCUACAGAAAUGAUAUUAAAUUGGCUUUCAAGACAGUCACGCAGAACUUAUUUACCGUCAAUGAUUGUUGAUGUCCUCGGAGUCAGAUCACAUCAUGUAUGACAACAAAUAUCCACUUGCAAGCCCUAUUAAGACACAAGAAGGAACUCAAUACAGAAUUGCUAUUGUGUCCGAUUUAGACAAAGACUCUAAAAGUCCUGAUCAAUCAAACACAUGGGUCAGCUACUUAAAGUAUGGGCAUUUAAAAAUAUCCGAUGAUAACACAAACGUUGCAGUGCAAUUUGAUGAAACAAUAACAUUGACAUCACAAGUGUCGGCAGGAGGAAGAGGAAUGGAGUUAUCGGAGCUGAUCGUGUUUAAUGGAAAACUCUACACACUGGAUGACAGAACUGGGAUAGUAUAUGAAAUAGUUGACAACAAAGUUAUACAGAGAUACAUCUUAACGGACGGCGAUGGAAGUACAUCAAAAGGAUUCAAGUGUGAAUGGGCAACUGUUAAGGACAACAGGCUAUAUGUUGGAGGUCUUGGCAAGGAGUGGACAACGGAUGAUGGAGAGGUGGUCAACACAAAUCAUCAGUGGGUGAAAUCCAUUGGCGUUAAUGGGGACAUCCAGCAUCAUGACUGGAAGGACAACUACAAUGCUCUGCGGGAAAAAGUGGGGAUGAAUCUCCCUGGCUAUAUGAUCCACGAGUCGGCCGUGUGGAGCUCUGUCCAUCAGAGGUGGUUCUUUAUGCCUCGCAAGGCCAGCAAACUCCGAUAUGAUGAAAACGCUGAUGAGAAGAGGGCAACCAAUCUCUUGUUCACUGCAACUGAAGACUUUAAGAAUAUAGAAGUCUCAACCGUGGGUGAAAUAAACCCAACUCAUGGAUUCUCAUCUUUUAAAUUUGUGCCUGGAACCAACCACAAUGUGAUAGUGGCCUUGAAAUCAGAAGAAGAUGGUGCAAAUAAGGCAACUUACAUCAUGGUUUUUGACGUUGAGGGAAACAUUUUAUAUGAGGAAAUGAAAAUAGGAGAUGCAAAAUUUGAAGGCAUUGAAUUUGUUUAAAAUAUUUCAAUCUUGCUUGAACAUCAUUUAUAUAUGUUAGUUAAAGUACUUAACUGCACAAUGUUCACUUUAACCUGGGAGUAAGAUUACAUGGUCCCAGCUUUAACCUUGUAUACAUAACAUACAUUUAAGAUUUUCAAAUUCAAUAGCAUGACAUAAAUGUUUGUACGAAGAAAAAGGUCGCACAUCUGGCCGUUCACAUUUAAGUUGCUCGAAAUUGUGUGUCUGAUUAGUUUGUGUUGAAAGAUUUACGCUUUAAAUAUAGUUUCAUUUGUAUCGCUUUUGCCAUCCACCUUCCGUAGAUGUUUUUUUAUAAAUAGUUGUGUUUAUUAUCUAUUCAUGCAUGUUUGCAUAUGCUUGUAUUGUAUUUGCACAAUAUAAACACUAUCACUUUUCACUAUACACCAAUAUAAUUCUGAUUUCCAAAUUUUCCCUAUACUUAUGUUAUUAAUAUAUCGAUAUGACAGUUUUGUGUGUAUGAAAUGUAUUGUAUGUAUGUAACAGUGUUUACAAAAAUAAAUGAC